AUGGCGCCAACUUCUAAUAGGAUAUAAGGCCGAACCCAGAAGCGCGCCGGUCGCUUUGAAUGCUUUAGCUCUGUCCAGUUUAGGAGCAAAGUCCCAUCUGCUCUGGACCAACCUGCUUUCUGCUGCUUGUUCGCACUUCAUCUCUCCGGCUGCCGCCAUGCUGUCCUCCUCCCGCUCUCCACUCUCCACGGUCCCCGACCAGCAGCAACUUCACCUUUCGCCUCUAAAGGCGCUGACGCUUACAGACAAGGAGAAUACGCCCCCCUCCAUGAAUAGCACCCGCAUUCUGGCUAGCAAAACGGCAAGAAAGAUUUUCCAGGAACCCUCGGAGCCGGUAAAAGCACCCAGUGAGCCUGCUCUCCCCAGCAAAGAAGAUGAACCCCUCCUAAGGGAGAAUCCCAGGCGCUUUGUCAUCUUCCCCAUUGAGUACCAGGACAUUUGGCACAUGUAUAAGAAAGCAGAAGCUUCCUUCUGGACAGCUGAGGAGGUGGAUCUCUCUAAGGACAUUCAGCACUGGGAAGCACUAAAGCCUGAGGAAAAAUACUUUAUAUCUCAUGUGUUAGCUUUUUUUGCAGCAAGUGAUGGCAUAGUAAAUGAAAAUUUGGUGGAGCGGUUUAGCCAAGAAGUACAGAUAACCGAAGCCCGCUGUUUCUAUGGCUUCCAAAUUGCUAUGGAAAACAUACAUUCUGAAAUGUAUAGUCUACUUAUUGACACUUAUAUUAAGGACUCCAAAGAAAGGGAAUUUCUCUUCAAUGCCAUUGAAACACUACCUUGUGUUAAAAAGAAAGCUGAUUGGGCCUUGAAAUGGAUUGGGGACAAAGAAGCAACAUAUGGUGAACGUGUUGUAGCUUUUGCAGCUGUUGAAGGAAUCUUCUUUUCUGGUUCUUUUGCAUCCAUAUUUUGGCUCAAGAAACGAGGUUUAAUGCCUGGAUUAACUUUUUCUAAUGAACUAAUUAGUAGAGAUGAGGGUUUACACUGUGAUUUUGCUUGCUUAAUGUUCAAACACCUGGUACAUAAGCCUUCAGAGGAAAGAGUAAAAGAAAUUAUCAUCAAUGCUGUUAGAAUAGAACAGGAGUUCUUGACUGAAGCUCUGCCUGUAAAACUGAUUGGAAUGAAUUGCACUUUAAUGAAACAGUAUAUUGAAUUUGUAGCAGACAGACUCAUGUUGGAACUAGGUUUUAGCAAGAUUUUUAGAGCAGAAAAUCCAUUUGAUUUUAUGGAGAAUAUCUCAUUGGAAGGAAAAACCAACUUCUUUGAGAAGAGAGUAGGAGAAUACCAGAGAAUGGGAGUGAUGUCAAGUCCAACUGAUAAUUCUUUUACCUUGGAUGCAGACUUCUAGAUGAAUUGAAAACAUGCUAUUAGCUGGGUUUUUUUCCCCCCACCAGGAAAAUCAGUUGCUUUUAAUGCUACACAGUGAAAUGACUGUACUAAGAAAAAUAGCCAUUAUUGGCCUUUGAGACUGUUGUGUAGCUACCUCGGAAAUCUAAUAUUUGCAGGGUGUGGUGUGGUGUGGUGUGGUGGUACUUGACACAAGCUACUCAGAUUUUUCUAAAAGAUCUGAAGAUGAAAGUAUUAAUGCUUUUGCAAGAAGACUGAUCUUAGAAGGUUUUCUUUAGCUCAAAUGUCUUAGCCAUUUUGGCUUUAGAAAGGGGAGAUCCUUUAAGCUAGUUUAAGGCAACAAAUAUAAAAUCCUUGGUUUCUAGGCAGAUACAUCCAUAGUUGGAAAAAUGGCAGCCUCACUGCUUGCUACAAAGCAAGUUUUAAAAGUUUACUUUAUUAUUUUUUAAAUAGUUUGUACAUAAAGCUGGCACUUUACAUAAAAAUUAAAAAAAUUGUACUAUUGAAAGGUGAAAAUCUGAGUUACUAGAUUGUCAUUGUUUCAUUCUACUUCUACAUAAAGGAUUGUGAUUUUACUUGUGCUGUUCUCCAUAAUGCAAGAUUGUAGCCUCUCUAUGGGAGUCACUCUAGCUAUAGAAAUCAUUGCCCUAUGGUCUAUGAAAUGAAGGACCUUUCAGAACUUAUCCAGGUUCUUGGAAAAUAGAUGAUUAUUUGUAUGUCUUCCUAACUUUGUAGCAUUAUGCUACAAUUUAUUUUGCUGCUAUAUUAGGCAUCUGAAGAGGACUUUAUCAGAGGAUGUCACUCCUAAUAGGAGAAAAAUAGAAGGAGAUCUGUAAUUUUGUUGGUGAAAAUAAGGAAAUUCUCCCCUGGAAACUGAUGCAUGUCCAGAUACCUUCUCUUUAUUUUAAUGUUAGAAUUGCCUAGUUAGUUAUCAAUUAUGUAAGAUGCAGAAGAGUCAGUUUUAGACUAAAUAGGUGUUGUGUAAUUAAGAUUUCAGGAAGCUAAAAUGGACCAGUUAUACACACUUAAGAAUUUCAGUGUAUUAAAUUUGUGGGGAUGAAAAAAUUAGGGUCUUUGUAACAUUUUAAAAUGUAUUAAGUGCACAGGAUUGAAUAGUAGAUGAUUGCUCUUUUAAGUGUGUUUUCCAGGGAAUGAGAAGGAUAAGUGUUAUACAAGGAAUGACUAAGAGAUGGUAUGAUAAAUUGUCUGGCAAUGUCAGCCUCAACCAGAUGAAUUUUAUCAGUGUUUCUAGUAAAUCAUUCCUUUGGCCAAAUAAUUGGGGUGGACAUUGAAGAUUAAAAUCUGUUGAUCAGAGAAGAAAUCCUUAGUGUAUUCUGCCAAGGAUAAAGGGGUUGUAAUGGUCUAAAAGAACAGUAUCUCCUCCGUCAUCUUCAAGGAAAGAAGGCAGUAACCUUGCAAGUGAUGAGAACUGAGCAACUGUCCUGAGAACAAAGGGAACCUGGAUUGGAAUCCUCCCCAAAUGCUAACCAGUGUUAUGCUACAUAUUUAUUGGAAAUAGCUAGAGUAAUAGCAAUAACUGGCAUUUCUUUGUUUUACAUUGUCUAUCUUAAAAGUAAGUAGUUAUCCCUAUUUUACAGAGAGGAUAUGGAGAUGCAGAGGUUAAAUGAUUUGCUUAGAAUCAAAACAUGUAGUGUAUAGGUAGGGUUUGAAUUUAUGUCUUUUAACUAUAGAUCCUUUGUGUCACUAUCUGUAGGUUCUUUCUACAUGGGCUGUGCUUCCUUCUUCUUUAUUAUAUAUACAUUAAAAGAUUUUUGUCUUAAAA